AUGUCGUUCCCAGGAUUCCCAGGAGCCGGUUCUGCUCAGGACAUGGACCCGCAAAAGGCUCAGGAGCAGAUGAUGAUCAAGACGAUGCAAGCCGCCAUGGAAUCCUGCCCCGCCAAACUCGCCAUCGCCGGCACAAUGGGCUUCGGCCUCGGCGGCCUCUUCGGAAUGUUCAUGGCCUCGAUGCGCUACGACACGCCCCUCUCCGCCGGCAUGCCCGGGGGCGUCGGCACCCAAAUCAAAGACAUCCCGAUGCGCGAGCAGCUGAAAAUGGGCUUCAAAGACAUGGGCCGGUCGUCGUGGUCCUCCGCGAAGAAUUUCGGAUACAUCGGCGCGAUUUUCGCUGGGUCGGAGUGUGCGAUUGAGGGGUUCCGGGCGAAGAACGAUUUGGCGAAUGGAGUUGCGGCGGGGUGUUUUACGGGGGCAUUUUUGGCGAAGAAUGCCGGUCCGCAGGCGAUGGCGGUGGGGUGUGCGGGUUUUGCGGCUUUCUCGGCGGCGAUUGAUACGUAUAUGCGUAUGGAGAGUAACGAUCGGGCGGCGGAUCCUAUUAUUUGA